CUCUUUAUUAUAUACUCCAACAUGGGCUAGAAUGAGUUCUUGUUCAUCUUCUUUUUCAUCUACCAAAGGCGGGUUCUUUCAAAUGGGUUGAAUUAUUCAAAAACUUCACUUUUCUUGAAAAGGGUGCGAAGGAAAAAUCAAAUAUCAAUCUUUAUAUUUUGUUAGUUUUGUGAAUAUUUGUACUUGAAGUAUGAAGGCUUUUGGUUUCUUUAUUCUGUUCUUGGUGAUGGGGAUAGCUUUUGUGUCCUUUAAUUGCUUCAGCACUGGAGCUACCUCUUCAGUUCCUGGAUUAUUGACGAAGUCAAAGGCAGUCCCCUUUUGCGGAAUGUCCUUCCAAUGGCAAAGUAAUGAUAUGGCGAUGACCAUAAGAAGCAGAAAGCUGCAGGGAAAUGGCUUCGGUCCAAGCACUAAUGAGGGCGAUUCAAGCAACUUAGAUCUAGAAGAUUAUCGUCCGAUAGAUCCAGUUCCUAGCACAAAAGCUUCUAUAAGACCAGGACCUGUUGAGCAUGGUACUCCUCUAAUGCCUUACAUUCCCAAGCCGUCACCUCCUCCUAUUAGCGCCAACGAUGGGCUCCCAUAAGCUCAUCUUUAUUCCAGUUCCACUGAUGUGCUACAAGUUGGGGAUAUGUAGUCCCCCCUCCCCUCCUUUUUCUUUUUAAAAAAAGAAGUUGGACGUAUGUAGAAACUUCAAAGAAGCCUCGUCUCUACUAUUUUGUGUUUUCCUUGUAAAAUUUUUGUCGAAACCUUGUAUAAUACUAUGGCAUGUUAUCUAUAAUAUGUAUGCCUCUAGGCGAUACUUGCAUAAGUUAUUAGAUAUUUCCGUUUUUGUAUUACAUAACUGGUUUAAUUC